AUGCCGGUACCACCUCGUACGAAAUCGUCCCCAUAUUUGGGCAGUCGCAAGCGCUACGACACGCUGGAUGCUAGUACCGAUACAGAUGACCUGUCCCCUGAAAGCAGGAUUAAGAAGGAGUCCAUUGAACCCUUCUCUGUUCCCGCUGACCACGGUCCCAAAGACCAUCUCCACAACGUUCCUACCAUGCGCUUGCUGGCGGGCGCUUGUGUGGGAUUGCGCAAGGAGGGAAAGGGUACGGCUGCGAAGGAGGUUGAGAAGGUUGGGAAGAUCUGCUAUGGUGAUGCUGUGUUCGAGCGGGCUACUAAGGAGGCUGGGAGAGAUGUGCUCGAUUAG